UCAACCCGCCCAGGAUGCACCAUUCGAAAGUCAAGGGAGUCAGAGCCGUCCGGAUGCAUACCUCUACUCCAAGCCGCAGUCUGGAGAGCAUCGAGGCGGUCUGGAGAGAGGGAAGAGCAUACUCGUUACCAAACCUUGUAGAGAGAAGACCGGAGCCGGAUAGUAUACCGUACCCGGUGAAGGUGAUGAACCCCGCGGAGAACGGCUGCCGCGGCAGUAGGAAAAGGGGAUUCAAGCCCCCGGAUGUGAGGACCAUAUUCUCCCCCAUUGAGAGAGACUCCUGGGUGAGGGAGGAGAGGGGGGAGGGACACACCUUCUACCUAGGUCUUUCGGGCGCAUGGUGCGAUGUGUGCUGCGAAUACAUCCUCCACUUCUCCCUGAUGUGUUCAGGGUGUAAGUAUACGUGUCACCCAGAGUGUCAAGAGCGAGUGUCGUUGGACUGUCACCCCAGUGGUCCUGUUGUCGUUGACACCCCCCUCAGCCCCUUCAGCAAGGACCACCUCAACAACAACAUACCGCCCAUCGAUGUGGAGCAGGAAAGGGAGUUACGGACUCAUCUCAGCAGAGAGGAGAUCAGACAGAAGGUCGAGCUGUACAACUCCUCCUCCAAGGACCACCUCAAAAUGACCCUGAACCCAAGUGGUGUGUAUACAGGGUUCAUCAAGGUGCAGUUGGAGCUGAGGAGACCCAUCACAGUACGAGAGGGCCGAGGAGGUGGGGGAGGAGAGGAGGCUUUCUACAUCCCCCGGGGGGCGACUAACACUCUUCACAUCAGCUCCAACAACACCGUACGACAGGUGAUCCAGGCCCUGUUGACGAAGUUCACCGUAGCUGACAAUCCUGCUAAAUAUGCCCUGUACAAACGCUGCCGCAGGGAGGAGCAAGUGUACGUGUGUAAGCUGUCAGAGGGAGAGCAUCCGUUGUUCCUGCGUCUGCUAGCAGGUCCCAACACCGACACACUGGGCUUCGUCCUGAGAGAACAGCAGACUGGCCAGGUCAUGUGGGAUGCGUUCUCCAUCCCAGAGUUGAGUAACUUCCUGAGGAUGCUGGAGAAGGAGGAGACUGAGCGGGUGUGUUCCGUGACGCGUCGCUACGACAACUACAGACUGAAACUGCAGGAGGCCAUGAGAGCAGCAGAGGGGCCGGGGUAAUGCUACUACUGUCCCUGAAGGAGAGAGGACAGGGGGGCUGGGAGCCAGAAGCCAGUCUGAGGGACACUGAGGGGGAAACUGGUCCAACCUGAUUCAGAAACAGGAGAGAGAGAGAGACAGACAGCUGGAAUAUACUCCAAAUUAUACCAGUGGACCCCGUGUGCAAUACACUGGAUGGACACUAGAGGGCAGCUGUGGUUCCACUGCACUCAGCCUGGACCUGCACUAAGCAUUGAGGAGCACUCAAGAGACUAGCUCCAUGUCUUUACGGAGUAGGCCUACUGCCAUAUCCACUCUUCUGUUCACUCUCUUUCGAUCCUUCUGGUUAAUGCAAUCUCUGUAGUUAGUUCCAUUUUUUAAUACUUUUAGAAUGGCCUUUUUUUGAACAUGUGAAUGAUUCAAACCCCAAAAUAUUUGAAUCAAUUUAUUUUGACUUUUUAUUUAAUUGGCAGAUGCAAUGGUUUGUACAUAUUGUGUAUUGUCGUUUUAAUUUAUGUGGGUGAAGCUUUGUUCUGUUUCUUUGCUGAAAUGGUUUUUAAUGUAUUCUAUGGAAGCGUGGCAACAAUCCAACACCGAGUGGGAAUAGGGACCGAGUCGUGUGCUCACUGAUUUCUCUCACAGGGGUUAAUGCAGAGAAAACACAUCGGCAAAAUAUAGGCUAGACUGGUUUAUCAUGGAAAUGACACAGUAUUCAAGGUAACUGAGAGAUGGACAAGAUGAAAUAGAAACUAGAAAAGACAAAUGAUACAGACCAGAAUAUGAGUGGUGUAUUUAAACUGAAGGUUGUGAUGGUCUUGAAAGGAGAAGCAGAUUUGGUGCAGUUUGUACAGUCUGAGUCACAAGCUGUUUGGGGUGUAGAGGUCAGGAUGAAAGUGUGACCAGACUGACAGUUAGUGGAGUUUGAGCUGAACGCCCACCUCUGACCUCUGGACAGAGACCAGUCGUAUCAGAGUAGAAGGGGUUAAUGCUGUGAGAAUGGAAAGAUUUUUGGAAGUUGACUAAUGGUUUUAGAGGAAGUAGAAAAUAAACUUAGAAGACUGUGUAAAAAAAAAAUAAUGAGAAAGGAAAUUAAAUGGAUGUGACAAAUUAGGGUUUUUGGAGUUCCAUGUUAAAAGAGAGAUUGUCUAUGCCGAGAAAGUCUAGUUCAGAGUUUAAACCACCUCUGAAGCCAGUACCAGGCCUGUGGCCACAGAUAACAUGGUUAGGAAUAGCAGCGAAAGACAACGGCUAUAUUGUUCCUGUUCCUCUGGUAUUCAUUUAACAUAGCUACAUUUGUCCUAAUCUGCUGUAGGGCUGGUAGGAUAAAUGCUUUAAAUCAGCCUUACAUUGCACCAGUGUGUGAACUCUGUGAACCCUGAAGUUCUCUGCAUGGGACAUCAGGAAAUGGAUGCGCUAACAGACCAAAGAGACUAGUCCGUUAUUGUAGAGGUGAAGUCACAUGGCCAUGUGUUCAGUCUCCUAGACUAGGAGAGAGCAGCUAGAACCUGUCACAUUUUGCCUCCCCCUCCUUGUCCGUCUCUCAGUACUGUAUUUACAUCUCUACCAGGGUUGUAUCCAUCUUCUGGGGGUUACAGGGGAGGUCAUUUGAACAGAGACUAUACUUUGGGAUAGAUGGACAAUCAAUUGAAUGGACAGAGCAACUAGUGAGUGCAUUUUAGGCCAUCAACCCUCGGCACAGUAUCAAAACACACUGACCAAAUGCAAGAAUAUAUGUUGAAUUGGCAUGUUUAAAAGCCUUGUUGUUUAUCUGCCAGUACUAUAUUACGUUUUUCUGAUGGUACUGCAUUAGUUGCCAUGUUUAUCUCCAUAGAAGAGUAGUGGUGUGGUUAUAUAGCCCCACUUUAUGGAUAAAUGCUGUAACUGUAUCCUCUCGGUCUUCACCUGCAUCAAACUGUUGAUCGAAAGCCUGUUGGUGAUAUGAUGUGCUGUUGCUUUCUGUUUUCCUGAUCGAUAACCAAAGAUAUUAUAAAAUGUUUAGAUUUAUUUUAGGUUUUGCCUGGUGCAAGAUCCUAGAGGCCUCAUAAAAAUUAAGGGAACAUUUAUAGCUAGAGUUUAUUAUAAGGGGUUACACACCCAGAACUUAAUUUACGUUUAAACACUGGGUUAAUGGAAUUAGAUAUGGUAAAAUAAUCUAUUACGUUUUAUAUCCUAAAUCCAUUAUUAAAUUUGCAAAGCACAGUGUUACAUUGACAGAUACCACUGGCCCUGUGUUAGCUAGUUAUAGGUCUGCACAUCUCAGCAUCAGGGCUUUGAAUCAGACAAGUUAAAAUGUAUCUACAGCUUCUAUCGGACCAGUUGAAUAUCUCCUGAAGCUUCUGGGCACUUUACCUUUAAUUCAGGGAUUUUUCUUUUGCUUUCCUCUCCUUUGUUUCUAAAACUUGACAUUUAUACAAGCUCCUGUAUGAUUUGUUAGACUGUGAAAGUUGGUUUAUCUUCAAUUGUAUCAUGUGAUGGGCAGUGCUAUCUGGUUAGCUUUGUUAAGUCUGGGUUGUAGGAAUAUGACUGCUAUAGUAACCCAUAUAAAUAUACUAUAAUGCAUGCAUUAUCUACACUAAUGCAUAUAGGCCUACUAUGUGGCUCUUAUGGAACCAUAGGCCAGUACUGUUGAACUUGGAAAUGUAUGAACCGUUUAUAUAGAUAUACAUAAACUAGAUAGAUGCAUAACUGUUAUUUGCCAAAGAUCGCUGGCCCCCCUGUCUCUUCAGCUAUGCUCUUGUACUGUUCUAUGCUGCAGUGCUGUAUGCAGAGACUGUAAGAUCUAUACCUGGAAUGGUUCUGCUGACAGUGUUCGUGAUGGUUCAGUACCAGGAUGUGGAUGAACACAGCAGCUGUGGGCUCAGCUUUGAGGAGACGGGAUGGAACCAACAUGGUAUAAUGAAAAAAACAUUGCUAUAUUCUAUUUAUAUUAUUGAUGAUGCAGGUUUAUUUUUGUAAGUAACUGUUUCUUUUUGGAUUGUUACCAAAUGUGGCCUUUACUUCUCUAAAGGACUGAAUUCAUCUAUUAAAGUUUUAAAUUGUACAAAAAAUA